AUAUUGCGAUUUGAUUUCUAUUAGAUUUUGACAUUAUUAACUUAGGAGAAUCGGGCCCCUGGCUUACCUAACUAAUGACGGGAAUUUAGUUUUCUGUGAUUGUAAUGAGACGUAUAGCUAAUGUGGCACGGGGCUAAUAGCUCAUGUGACGACUUCACUUUGACCUACAGAUCUUGUUAGCAGUACAAUACGCAGUAGUGGCAUGAGAGCGCGGGCCCGUGUGUACGCAAGUGCCGCGCGGGCGCCGCUCGCCGCCAGUCCGCGCCCGGCCGCCGCGCGCCUCGCACGUGUCCCGCCGCUCUGUCGCCCACUAACGGCACACCUGCCGCGCGCCGCUGACGGGCCUUACUUUAUGCUUCGCAUCAUUACAUGUCAUUCAUAACCUCGCGGUGACUAGCUGAGCUAACAUUGUACUAUAGGCUACUACUAUAUUAAGUACCUACAUACCUGUACGGUAACAAAAUCGAACAAGAGGAAUAUCCGUGUAAAUAAAAUAAAUUCUAUCUAUAACAUGAAGCACAGGUUAGGUUCAUAAGUGCACGCUAUGUAGAGUGACGCAGUGACAGUGACGUGUGAUGCCAUGAGGAAGUUCAUGCGCACGCGCGCGGCCGACGCGCCCCCCUCCCCGCCCCCCUCGCCGCCGCGCGCCCCCUCCCGCGCCCCGCACCGACCGCCCCGCGCCAACGGACACGCUGGCGGCGUGACGUCACGCGGCUACGCGGCGUCGUGCGCCGAGCCGCCGAGCUCCUCCCUGUCCGGGGCGCCGCUGUUCGAGGACGCAGAGUUCUGCGGCGCGCGCGCGCUCGGCGACGCGAGCCUGGCGCGCCGCGUGCACUGGCCGCGCCCGCACGUGCGUACCGCAUGCAGCCCCAUCACCACAACACUAACAACUUCACCCUAAUCCAUUGCUGUUUCACCCACUCUAACCUGGUGCAAUGUACGACAUAAUACUUAUGUCCAUCGGCGAAACGAAUCAUUUCUUGUUACUAGGCUUUGGGCAUAAGUCAAAUGCAAAGAUAGCUAAAUCCUCAUUCCUUGAAUCUGCACACAGCGGCGCCUUCUGCACAGUGAGCGCGGCUGAGCGGCUCGCGACACACAACGGGACCCGCUUCCGGCGCGUGCUGCGUGCGCCGAUGUGACUCACUUCCUACAUACUAACUACUAUUGCGAUAUCAGUGCACGACAUAUACGAUCCCCAACAUUAUCCACCCGAGCGCGAGGCUCGGCGCGUCGCAACAAAGACAUCAACGCGCGCGCCUCUGUGCGGACAGUUAGCUAGUGUGCCGCUACGUGUACGCAGGAGCUGUGUGCGGCGCCGCGCUUCCGCGGGGACGGCGCGGGCGGCGAGGAGGCGGCGCGCUGGACGCCGCCGGGGGGCGCGGGUGGCGCGGGAGGCGCGGGUGGCGCGGGUG